ACAGAUGUUAGUCUGAGGAACUCAGUCGGUCCGCGCACAUUCGAACUCUCCUCAUCCAAGUGUGAUUCCUCCUCUUCCCGCAGCGGCACCGCGCAGCCUCCUGCGCGCACGCACACACACACACACACACACACAAUGUCGGAACUCUCUGUCAACGAGCACCUCGAAGGGAUUUUAUCAGAUUUUGAAGCUCUGAAGCGAUCCUUCGAAAUUGAAGAUGUGGACGACAUACCAUCCUUCUCCUCGACUUCCCCUAUCUCCACACCAAUAACCCCCUCUUCCUCCCACUUCUUCCUUAAUCACAAUAAAGCCACAGAGGGGCAAGGGGGAGAUGGUCAAUCCCCUUCAUUAGCCUUCAACAACAACAACAACAACCUGGGCUCUUCAGCCCAUCACUCCUGCAUAAGCCUUGGUUCCAGUCCCAGCCCAGUCCUCAAGUCCCGUACAGUAGUCAGCAGCCUGUCCUUCAACAGAGGAACCAUGAACAAGCAAACCAUCCACCAUAACGGCUCCUCUGUGACCAGAGCCUCAUCCUUCCAGAGCAGAUUAAAUCCCAACAGUUACUCCAUGUUGUCUGGGCCCAGCAGUGACAACGACAGCCUUCACAGCUCCACGUCCAGCCUUGAGUACUCUGGAGGGGGUGGCGGUGCCCUCCCUCUUUCAAAGCUUGGGUCAUACCCUAACCCUCCAUCUCAGGUGGAGUACCACCGAACCCAGCCCAAACUCCCACAACAGCACCUGGGUGGAGAUGCAAACUUAAUAAUUAACCACAGGCUGAAGAAGUUCUCCUCCCAUGGGAGUGUUUUCCCUACCGAAAUGGACAAGGGACCAGGGAUGAUGCUGGGCGUUCCACAGCCUCUGGGGGUUAACCAUGGGUCCAUGCCUAGCCUGGACCUCCAAAUUCGUGAUGGAGGAGGAGGUAUAGUGGGUAUGCAAAGAGGUGGGGGCAGGGUGUCUCCAGGGUUGAGGUAUGCCAAUGUCACCUGGAAUGGUCAUCUUCAUAAUGACACUUCUUUUGGGGUGGAAGGCAACUGUGGCUCCAAAAACCCGUGCCAGCAACAAAGCCCCACUGUCCCCAAGGCCCCCCAGCCUAAGGUCAAAGAGAUACCACGUCUCAACAAGUUUCCCUUGGAUCUGGACAACUUGGUAAGCAGCACCUCAAAAAACUCUGCCAUGAAAGCCAACCCUCCCAAGCCUCAUCCAAGGAGCACAGGAGAUCUCCAGUACCACACCAGCCCACCACCCACGUCAGCCAGCCCUUCAGCCUCUCUCAGCAGCCUGGACGGUUCUUCUGACACCCUGCCCAAUCCCUUUUUGUCUUUCUCCAAAUGUCCCCCAACUCGUUUGCAGGGCUCAAUCCCUGUCACAGGGAUGAGUUGCUCUCCUAUCCCCCUGACUUCAGCACAGAGCCCUCAGCUGGAGGCUGUCUCAGGGCCCCAAAUUAAUCAGAUGUUCCCCAUCCUGCAUGGCCCUUACAGCUCUUCAAACCCUUCAAGCCCCGGAGCCAUUCGGUCUUUGAAGAAUAGUGCCGUUGAUGCCAGAGAAAGUGUAGGCUCAAUCUUACAAAGGAUUGCCUCCUUCUCUUGCCCUGUUACCAGUGACACCACACAAGCAGCUGUGACCCAGCACCCUACAGCCCAAAGUAAUGGGUGGUUGUCUUCUCCAAGUGGGUGUCCUACUGUGACCCUUCCCUCAAGGAUACAGGGGAAGAAGACUCAUGCUGACACUGCUGGAGAGCUCGAGACAGAACCCCUCACCCCAAUGGAGGAGCGAGAGGAGAAGGAGAGAGGCAUAAUGGGACAAGAGCAAAAAGAUGAGGGCAAGAGUGAAGCGCAACUUGCCAGCACGAAUACCCAGAAUUCCACGAGUGAAAAAGAGGAGCACUGCGUGGAGUUUUGUCCAGUGAAGAAGGAGGAGAAGAGGAAGGAGAAGGGAAUGGAGGAAGGCGAGAUGAAGAAAGAGCUGGAGAUGGAGCUGCAGCUGUGCCAGUCGCUGCCAGGCCAGCAGAUGAGCUUCAUCCGGGGCACGGACCUGUUUGGCUACGUUGGCAUUGAAGCGGUACUGGACCAGAUGAGGCGCAAGACCAUGAAGGCGGGUUUCGAGUUCAACAUCAUGGUGGUUGGUCAGAGUGGUCUGGGGAAGUCCACACUCGUCAACACGCUGUUCAAGUCGAAAGUCAGCCGGAAGUCCUGCAUGCCCAACUACGCAGAGGAGAUCUCCAAAACAGUCAGACUGCAUUCAGUCAGCCAUGUGAUCGAGGAGAAGGGGGUGAAAAUGAAGCUGACGGUGAUCGACACUCCAGGAUUCGGAGACCAGAUCAACAAUGAAAACUGCUGGGAGCCCAUAGUGAAGUACGUCACCGAGCAGUAUGAGAAAUACCUGAGAGAGGAGCUGCACGUCAACCGCAAGAAGAGGAUACCUGACAGCAGAGUCCACUGCUGCGUCUACUUCCUCCCAGCCACCGGACACAGGUUACGCCCCAUCGACAUUGAGUUUAUGAAGAGGCUGGGGAAGAUAGUGAGCAUCGUGCCCGUCAUCGCCAAGGCCGACACGCUCACCAUCGACGAGAGACAGGAGUUCAAAGAGAGGAUAAGGCAAGACUUGGCUUCCAAUGGGAUUCAAGUCUACCCCCAGAAAGAGUACGACGAAGAUCCAGAGGAGCACCUCAUAAACGACAGGAUCAGGGAAAGCAUUCCCUUUGCUGUGGUGGGCACCGACAAGGAGCACCAGGUGAAUGGAAACAAGGUGCUGGGCCGGAAAACAAAGUGGGGAAUCAUCGAAGUUGAAAACGUGGCUCACUGUGAGUUCGCCAACCUGAGAGACCUGCUCAUCAGGUCUCACCUGCAGGACCUGAAAGACGUGACGCACAACAUCCACUAUGAGACGUACCGCGUCCGAAGGCUCAACGAGAGCAACUGGCGACUGUCCCCUGGGCCGCUGGAGAAUGGAGCUGCUGACAGAUGUGAAUCAGAUAGCCACCUCUGAUCUGAUCUGUGCGCCAUCACUGCUGAAUGACUGAUAUUUUACUACAGAAAAAAAUGAGAUUCUUUUUUUUUAUUAUUGUUUUGUCCUUUUUGGAUCCUGGUGGAUUGUUCUUACACAAGACUUAGGAAAUGCAUCAAAUAUGAACAUAUUUUUGGAAUGUGAGCUCAUAUAUAUAUUUUCUGGAAGGAUGGUGAAGCGGGCAGUACAACAUGGCACGAUAAGAGCAAACAUUCAUAUAAAAGUAUGUGGACAGACCAGACUCUUUCCAGUGUCUGUCGGAGGGCAGAUUAAUGUUCAUGUUCAACUGUCGAUUGUGACCUGGAGGAGAAACUCAGCAUGUAGAGCAGGUGAACUAACCCCUCCUCCCCGAAACAUGUCCAAUCUGAACAUUAGAACCUGUUGUGCCAAAUGCUGCCCUGCUCAGUCUGACUUCAGUUUAUGAUCUGAGGAACUCAAUGCUGUGGAGAGCUGGAUGAUGAUGAUGAUGAUGAUGAUGAUGCUUUUAAUGGAAAGAUGGCUGCCUUUUAUGACUGUGAGCUGCGUUAAUGAUAUAACUGACUGUAGGAAAUAUUAAGAAAAUGAUUAGAGUGUAGGAUUUUUGGAGGACAUGUCUUGUUGUAUUAUUCACCCUGCUGACUUUUUCCUUUCAGGGCUCCAUGUCCACACUUCCAUGGAUAAAACUGAAGACUGUUUAUGUGCUGAACAUUUCAGGCCCACACUUGUGUCUAAGAUACUUUUUUUUAAAAACAUGUAUUCCCUUUAUAAAGUGCCAAAACAACAGAGAAGCGGUUGGAAUGGUUAACCUCUGACGCGUUUAGAGAGCGACUGCUCCCCGAGUUGCUUUGUAACAUUUGUAACACAUAUUAGAAUAAACUCAGUUGUUAUGUCGUCCGUAUUUCAUCCCGUUCAAUGUGUGCACAGGGUGCUCAUUCGACAAGAACUGUUAAGUCCAUACGUUCAGUGCAUUUAUAUGCUCUUCAGCACGGUGGCCCUGAAGUGCCAAUCACAACAACGAAUCAAAAAAACAUGACCGCAAAACAGAAAACACAACUGAAAAAUCCCUAUAUAUACAUGGAGAAACAGUUACAGCUUGAACAAGAUGGCACUGUCCAAAAUGCUGAACCCAAGGCUUCAAAAUGGUCACUCACAAACCAAUGGCUGACGUCAUUGGUCAGCUUUUUGAUCGGGGGACUAGAUGUGUGAGUUCUGCCCUCCAGUUUCUGUGGUACGUUUAGAUCUUUUUUCAGUUUUGAGUUGCCGUGAGUCCGUGUUAUCGCUCGGGCUCUACUUCUUCAGUUCCACCACUGGAGGUCAGUAGGAAGGGCAUGAGAUGAAACCAUGCCCUCCCACCAUCUCGCAGUAGAUCUUACUACACCAUCGUACACACAGUUUGUUUGUUUUUUACAUUUGCAUAUCUCAACACUCCAUCAUUGUUGCACUGACCUUCAGGUGGGCUCAUCGCAGUACAGUAACUUCAGAACAGAGAAUCUCUUUGUUUGGGUUUGUUUUUUUCUAAGUCAUUGCUUUACUACCUGUCGUCGGGUCAGAUUGUCUCUGCAGACACCUUUCGUCCACAGUGACAUCAGGUCACAUACUGCGUCUUACUGUGCUCUCGACUUUCAGCUCUUUUCUGUAACCUGUGUCAACAGUAAUCCAUGUUAACACGUGAUUUAUGAUUAAAUACUUGCCACUU